AUGCCUUCUAUUACCUCUACCCUUCAAGCAGUAUGCUGCAUUCUCGCACUUUCGAGCAAAUCAACCAACGCUCUCUCUAUUGGAGAGAAAACGGAUGAACUCGUCAAGAUAGAGGCGCGCCAAGGGAUCACUCUGUACCCUUGUCUGAAUUCAGGCACAGUUACAGCUUCCAAAGCAGAGAUGAUUGAUGCAGCAUCCAAACUCAAUCUUGGCUCAGCACCCUGGAACCCCACCUGUACAGGAACUGGUGAGCCAGCUGCUCAGUGCAGUCUUUGCCAAGCGCGUGCAUAUUCUCUGUACGGUGCUGCGCUUGUUGGUUGCACAGCAGGCUCAGUCUGGUGUGAAUGGGGCUUCCCAAUCCGCGAUGCUGUUUGCAUUGCUGCUGCUACUUUUACGCUGUGGUCUGCGAGUCAAGCUUGCUACUGUGCUCAUUGCGACUGCUCUGACUCAGUUUCCCGUGCAAAGGGAAACAUUCAUGGCGCGCCUCAGCUAUCGAUUGGAGGUGCUGAAUUCUCAAUCACACCCCUAGUAGGAUUUGCCAAUGGUGAUCCUAUUGGGAGGCCGACCAAGAACAGUAACAUCUUUGGUACAACGCUCAAUUGCCCAAGCCGUGGCUGUAGGUAA